UUUUGGGUGUGGUAAGUAUUGAGCAUUGAUUUUUAUGAUAAAAUAUUAAUAUUGAAAUUCCUGUUUUUUGCUCAGUAAUGCACGUAUAUUAGACUUUCCUAUUGUAUAUGUUAGUAAUGGAUUCACAAAUCUCACUGAAUUUGGUCGUAUUGAAGUAAUGCAAAAACCUGGUCUUUGUCCAUUUCUUCAUGGACCGCAAACAGAUAAAUCAAUUAUAACGACACUAGAAAAUGCAUUUAAAGAACAAAAAUCCGAACAUGUUGAAGUAAUUUUGUACAAAAAGAAUUUGACUCCAUUAUGCAUUUUGGUCGAAAUAAUUCCAAUUCGUAAUGAUGAAGAUUUGGUAGUGUUAUUUCUUAUUACGUUCAGAGAUUUAACAGCUUUUCGUCAACCAUUGAAAGAAGAAUCUGCUCAAACAUCAGCAUUAGGAGCAUUUGCAGCUGCAAGUGACGCCGGAAGUAGUUGGGGAAAAUUUGCACGUCUUGUAUUUGCUAUGGUAAGACAGAAAGCUGAAGACUCAAUUACAGGUAAUCCAGAACAAAUAGAUUCUCCACAAUUAAAUGUUGAGAAUGAAACAAUUCAAUGUAUUCAAUCAAAAUCUAUCGAGAAGCAACAACAUCAACAAUCCUCUGGAUCUGAUAAAAAUAUAAACAACGCAAAUGAGUCCACCAAUAAUAAUAAUAAUAAUAACAAUAAUAAUAGUAAUGCAAACGAUGAAAUUGAACUGAUUAUUCCAUUAACACAAAGGAAUCAACGUAAAUCAACAAAAUCUUGUCAUCAUUUUUCAACAUCAGAUAAUAUUGAUAAUUUACCAUCAAAUAUAAUUAGUAGUAGUUAUGUGAAAUCAUUAAAUAAAUUAGAAUCUGGUGAAUUAAAUUUAUAUAAUUUAGAAAUUAAAUCAAAAAAGCAUAAGUAUAAUAUAUUUAAGAAAAAAGUAAAUAAAAAAUCAAACAAUACCAUGUUGAAUUCAAAGAAGCUUGGAAAUAUCAAAAGUACAAACAUAAAUGGGGAUGUAGAUGAUCUUUUUAGUAAUCAAUGGUCAACCCCUGAAUCAGUUCCACGUUAUCGUCCAGAACCACCAUGUCCACCUAAACAUGUCCUUUUACAUUAUUCAGUAUUUCGCAUUGUAUGGGAUUGGACAAUCUUACUGCUUACUGGUUACACAGCUAUCAUUGUACCAUUAAGAGUUGCAGUUAUUCCUCGACCAGCAUGGAUUCCUUCUUCUGAAUCUUUAACUGUACGGACAAAUAAUCAAAAAGAAUGGAUUCAUCCAACAACUUUAGAGCUGUUAACUAUAAUGGAUGCGAUCAUUGAUAUUAUUUUCGGUGUAGAUAUUGUAUUGAAUUUUCAUACAUCUUUUGUUGGAGCCGGUGGUGAGGUGGUUGCUGAUCCUCCAGUUAUUCGAAUGAAUUAUUUGAGCGGUUGGUUUACAUUAGACUUAUUGGCUUGUCUUCCAUAUGAAAUAUUAAAAUAUUGUUGGCCUGUAGAUAACACUGAAGUUUAUUAUCUAAUGGAUGCAUUACGUAUUAUUCGGUUAUUACGUAUAGGACGUGCAGCUAGACGAAUUGAUCAAUACUUAGAAUAUGUAUCCACUUUAUUAUUAUUAAUGAUUUUAUGCUUUUUUCUAUUAGCACAUUGGUUUGCUUGUGCAUGGUAUGCUGUUGGUAUAUUUGAUAUAGAAAAUAAAAUUUAUUAUGGUUGGAUACCAAGAAUUUAUAAUGAUUCAUUAAAACCACAAAAUUGGGAAGAAUUUACAUUAUAUGAUAAUAGUUUAACAGUAUCAAUGAUAAAUUUAAAUAAAACACAAUUAUUAAGUCAACAUAUUACAAAUGUACAUAAUUCAUUAAUGAAUUUUGCAUUAAUUAAUUCUAAUUCACAAUCAAUACCAUCUACACAUAGAACAUCAUCAACAACAUCACCAUCAUUAUCAUCAACAUCAUCAUCAUCAUCAAUGAAAUCGGAAAAUCCAUUUUAUCAAUCAAUCAAUAUUACUAAUUGUUCAAUUAAUAAAAUCUGUGUAAAUAAAACAUUACAAAAUGAUACAAUUGUAACUAUAAAUUUAGAUCAAUCAGAAUAUAAACAAAAUAAUAUUUAUCAACAUAUAUCAUCAUUAAAUUUACCAUUACAAAAUUCUAGAGAAAAAUGGACUGCUUAUAUAACAGCAUUAUAUUUUAGUUUAUCAUUACUUACUACAAUUGGAUUUGGGAAUGUAGCAGCUUUUACAGAAAGUGAAAAAUUAUUAUCAAUUUGUUGUAUGCUUAUAGGUGCUUUGGUUUAUGCUACUAUAUUUGGAAAUGUAACAACUAUUGUUCAACAAAUGUAUGCAACACGUACACGAUAUAAUGAAAUGAUGAAAGGGGUUAAAGAUUUCUUAAAAAUUCAUGAAGUUCCUAGAGAGUUAGGAGAACGUGUUAUUGAUUAUAUUACAUCAUCUUGGUCAGUAACCAAAGGAAUUGAUACAGUGAAAGUACUAAACUAUUGUCCAAAAGAUAUGCAAGCAGAUAUUUCUGUUCAUUUAAAUCGUUGUGUAUUUAAUAGUCAUGCUGCAUUUCGAUUAGCAAGUGAUGGUUGUCGACGUUCAUUAGCUGUUAACUUCCAAACAUUGCAUACAGCACCAGGUGAUUUAAUCUGUCAUCAAGGUGAAAGCGUUGAUCAAUUAUGUUUUAUAGCAAGUGGUACUUUAGAAGUAUUGCAAGACGAUGAAGUGAUAGCGAUACUCGGAAAAGGUGAUGUUUUUGGUGACCCAUUAUGGAAGAAUACAGUAUCAGUACCAGCAGCAGCUAGUGUUCGAGCACUGACUUAUUGUACCUUGCAUACAAUACGAUUGGAUCGUCUGAGAGUUGUUUUAAACUUCUAUCAUGCAUUUGCAAAUAGUUUUACAAGAAAUUUAGAGUUAACUUACAAUCUGUGCAAUAGAGUAAUAUUUCGAAAGUUGUCUGAUGUAAGACGUGAAAUGGAACUUUCAAUGAGAAGAAAUAAAGAGCCACCAUUGAGUUCAUUGCCAGCGAAUCAUCCAGUACGAAAAUUAAUCUCUAGAUUUCGUCGAUCAAGUCAAGUUGGAGAUUUAUCUUCUAGGCAGUAUUUAGGUACAAUAGUUUCAUAUAACACAUCACUAGAUGGUUCAGAAUUUGAAAAUUCAAGUAUUUCUGAUGUAGUGGUCAACAGCACUGCUGAAAAACCAGGCUCAGUUUGUAAAUCUCCACUCCCAAUCAACGAUACUCACAUAUAUCCAAGUAAUGAUCCUAAAAUUACAACUCCGAUAUCGAGUCCUGUUAAAAUAACUCCUAAAAAUUCGGUUGAUUCACAACCACAAUCAGAACCUCCUGUUGUUGUUACAGCCAAUUCACUGAAGGGUCAAAAUCCUGCUAGAAAAUGGGCCCGUCUUAUUUCUAAAGCGACACAACCACCAUUACAUAAUUUAAAUGAAGAACCAAAUGAAGAUUCAAACCGUUUACCGCCAACACAAGUAAAAAAUUUGUCAAAAAUUCAGCUACCUACAAAAUCUUCGGAUGAUCAAAACAUUACAUCUACACCAGUUACGACAGUUGUACCACUAACUACAGAUCAAAAUCCCAUAAUUGUUACGACACAAACACUAAUAUCAUAUACAACAUCAAUAAAUACAAUAACAACAAUGUCUGCAAUUAAUUCUACUAAUCUAACACCAAGUAUAUCAUGUCACGAUUUGCAUAGAAUUGAAUUAAACAUUGAGAAGUGUUUCGAUAAUUUCCAUAUAAAACUUAGUCAACAAAUCAAUGAAAUUGUUAAACGAUUAGAUAAUUUAGAAGGACAAAUUGUUGAAUUACGAAAUACUUUCCCUAAUCCUAUUAAUGCAAGUAUAACUGAGCCAAAAAUUGAUCAUAUACAAUCGAAUACUCUCAUAUCAGCUACUACUACUACUACUAAUAAUAAUAAUAAUAAUAAUAUCAAUAACAAUGAUAGUACUGCAAAUAAUCAUUUCCCAAAGAUUUGUAUCAGAUAAAAACCAUGUCCAGUUAAAUAAUAUUAUCAUUCUAUUAAACGAUUGAACUUUUAGACAUCACUAUUCAUAAUUCAUAAUCGUUUAGUUGUCUUAAACCAAGUGAAAUCUCAUGUUGUUUGUUUAUUAUCAUUAUUAUUAUUAUUAUCGUUAAACAAAGAAAUUUCAGAAUGUAUAAUUCAAUCAGUAUUAUGUGUAUACAGAAAUGAAAAGAAGUAAGUUAAUAUUUGUAAUAUUUUUAUUACAAAAAAAAAAACAACAAAAUUAAUGAAACAAAAGAUGUGAUUACGAAAUGAAAAAUUGUUUUUUUAAAAACAUCCAAUCAUAUUUAUGUAACAGUUUAUGUAUUGCAUAAUUAAAAGAAAAAAAAAGAAAAAAGAAAAGAAGCACUUUACAAAUAUUUUAUUUACAAAAAAGGAUUUCUUUUUUUUUCUUCUUCUUCUUUUGAUAUACAGUAUUUAAUCUUAACAAAAUAUAUUCAAUAGAAAUCACAGUAAAAACAAACUGAAAUAUUUUAAGAAAGUAUGAAUGAACUGAGUUUUUUUUUCUUUUUCGUUUUUUUUUUUGUGAAGAUUUUCCAUGGUAAAUUUUAAAAGAAUCAUUUAAAUCUCAUGUAAUUAUUACUGUUAUCAUUGUAUAAUAGAGUUAUGAAAUAACCAUGUGUGCAUAAAUUAUUUUUGUUAUAAAUUGUGACCUGUGUGCCCUGUUUAUUAAAUAACAUAACGAUACCGCCAAUUAGAAAGCAGUGAAUUAUCGAUCGGACCUAUGACGCAUAAUACACAUACGAGCAGUCCAAAGUCCUGAUCGGUCCUGCUUUCCGUCUAGUCUAGUCAGUUAAGUCCACAACACCAACCUCACCCUAUGCAAGAUGAAUCAUUUAUUUCAAACAUACUGGGUUUAUAUACCAACCAGACAGACCACACCGUAUCAUAAAUUACGAAACAACAUUUGUACAAGAAAUAGCCAAAUGUAGCUGUGAAUGAGUGAGGUAGUAAUUGAUAGACAGGGCAUAAUUCAAGAAUGGUAAAUCGUAUAAUAAUAGUUCAUAGGUCAAAAUGAAUCUCAUAAUAAGAGGUAUAUGAAUAUGAAUAGUUUAGUUAUUUAACAAUUAUUUGGUAAAAAACACAUGCAUAGUAUCUGUCCAUAAAUGGAUCCCAAAAGUUACCAUUCAUUAUGCUUUUCGGGACAUAACAAUUUUCAUGGUGAUUAAAAUUAAUGAUUCAAAUGAUUAAAAAGUUAGAGGAAAUCUUCUUAAUAAAUGUUUAGUGUCCCAAAAUUUGACUCCAUUAUAUCGUAUGAAUGAUUGUUAUUGAAGUUCACAUGUCACCAAAUGUCGUAUAUACUAAUCGCUUGCUGAUUGCUAUCAAAAUGUACGUGCUGCUAAUCCUCAUAUAUAAUUAUCGACUUAAAUCGCGUUAGUGAGUAACGGAAUUAAAUAAGUCAAAUUUGAGAAUGGAUCUCGAAUACGUAUAUUAUGUAUACUCACUGAUCUGGACAGAAAAUCAGAAGUAUGAAGCGAAUAAUAGAGAGCGAAGCAAAAUGACACACAGUGGAGAAGACUUGUGAGCUAACUUUAUUUAAUCAAGCGUUAACCAAUAUUUAUAGUCACACAAAAAUAUGCUACAGACAUGUGGUGAGCAGGAUAAGUAGUGUAUAUAAAAACAGUCAAAUGAAUGAUUAACAAGGUCAAAAUGUAACUCAAUUAGAAUGAAUAGAUUGACCUGUCCAAAAGCUUAACAUAAUAAUCGACAUUACAAAUGGUACUAUUGAAGAAUUUAAAUGAUUAGAUGGUGAAUCUUUCAGAAGGGGUUUUGUGGAGAUUUUAGUAAUUUCAUUAGUUGAAAUCAUGAGUCAAUACUGAUACUGAUACUAAUCAACAUAUGCUCACUAGUGAAUGGCUUCAAGAGACACUCCUGGAGUUCUAGUGAGAAACAGUGACCAGUGGAGUUCAACCGGGUCAGUUGUGAGAUAGUAACUCACUGAUGACAAUGGUGGAUGUGUCGCCCAAUUUCGUGGAUUAGUUGAAGUUAGACAUUAACACCGUUGGAUGCCGGCCGGCUCAAUGGUCUAGUGGUUAAGCGUCUGGCGCGAGACUGAUAAGUCCUGGGUUCCGAUCACACAAGGCGGGAUCGUGGAUGAGAACUGCUGAGGAGUCCCACAAUAGGACGAAACGGCCGUCCAGUGCUUCCAGGUCUAUCAUGGUAGUCUAAUUUCAAUUGACUCAUGAUCUCAACUAUUGAAAUGAAUUUUUCAUUUCAUUUCUUUUGAAAUUUCACAGUUGAGAUAAACAUGAAUGAGUGGAACUUUUUUAAAUUAAAGUAUAUAUUCAAUGAACCUAGAUCGAAAAAUGUAUAAGGGUUGUGUAAUAACAGUGAAAACUGUAGUUUAGAUAUACUGAGGGUAAUUGAGUGCAUAUGUUCUGUCAUUUUUCAUAAAAAUGUAGUAACAUGUAUUGUAUAGCUAGAAUAUUUAUCAAGUUGAAAUUGUAAUAAUAAGACAGAAUAUGUUGAUAGUUAAAAUCGUGAUUGGAAAAUAAUUUUCUAGAAACUUUCGUAGAGAUAAUGUAAACUAUUUCUCGGACACACAAAUUAAAAUUAAAAAUAUAUCGUGAAUGACUGUAAUUUACACUGGUUCUCAGGAGAACCAGAAGUCAUACAUACAACUCACAACCUCAACAAUAUAGCUUAAUUCUGCGGUACAACCACAUGGAUACCGAAAAUACUGUGAAAGCAGUCCCUUCUAUGUUGGAAAAUCAGAAUAUAUAUGGAAUCUCAUACAACCUUAUACUUCAGCUGACAGAAACUUAAAAUUCGGGGUGUUAAUAGAUCUUUGUGGACGUUUUAUAUUUCUGUUGUCCCUCUGACUUGAAUUUUCAGCAAUAAAAUGCGAGUGGUUAUUAAUUUUUUCUUAAAAAGUUAGUAUGACAUCGUUUUGUACAUUAUUACGUCUUUUCAAUGAUAUCACGCUAAUUCUCUUCGCCUUAAACUGAGAAGUGUCUGAUACAUACAUGAGUAAUAUAACUUAUUUAUUUAUAUCUGCUAAUUAGCUAAUUAAUAUAUUUCUUUCAAAAUCAAUACAUGAUAGCUUUCUACUUAUCUGAUAAUUUAUAAAAAUCAUUAUAGUUAAUGUCAGUUCCUGAUGAGAACCUUAAUUUUAAUUUCUUAACCUAACGUCCAACUGUAAAUACAAGUCUUAGGUUUUCACUCCAAUUUUUAACCCUAGUAAGUAAAUGGACAUUUACAAGGUUACUUAACCAUCACUUAAAGGUUGUCCAUAAGUUAUAGUCUCACCUAAAAGUUUUGUUUAUUGGUUAAGAUAAAAUCCAUAGUGAUCAACAAACACAGUUAUACUAGUUCAACCUGAUAUAAUCGACUACUUAAAAUUUGUUAUUUAAAGUUCAUGUCAAAUCACAUAUUGACUGUCUAGUGUACAUUUUGAAAGUUGAGAAAUUAAUAAACUCCCAUGGGUUAUGAAACGAGUGCAAAGCAAAAAAAUCCACAGAACAGUUGUUUAUCAUGGUGUAGAACAUUACAAGAGUGAGAAGAUACUCCUGUACGUAGAAUUUAAGCACAUAUCAACAGGACAUGCUUUGGGCACGACAACUUUAUAAGAGGGACCCGUGAUCCAAAUCAGAAGUCAAAAUAGAUUAUUCAGAAUGGUUGUAGAUACUGGAUUGAGUUAACUUAAAAUACUGAACACUGGGUUACAGCUCAGUCUUUAACUCAAAACCUGAAGGUUAUAUAUUCUAACCUAUAAGACGUCAUAGAUGAAUACGUUCGAAAACACCUAGGCUGAAAAAACUAUCUGACAUUUUCUGACUUUCAUCGAUGGACUAUCUGUAUUCAGCCCCAAGUGUAAAUUAUAUAAAUGUUUUUGAAACAGCCCUUAAUACUACAAAUUUAUUCCAUGUAUUUUGUUUCCAUAUUUUAUCCUAAAUUAAAAUAGAUUGUUUUCAAAAGUAAACAAAUAAGUUGGUUGUCACUGAUCACCAAAUGUUGAUUACGGUUGGCUUUAUCAUCAAUACGUAACUUAUUCUGCCUUCUGAGACUCAGUGACCAUAAGUAACUUAUGAAGAAGAAAUACAUAUUAAGUCAAUGAGUAGCUUAUUUCUUUGCUUCC